UCAGCGUCUGCUAAAAUGGCGGCUACCGAAAUACAAAUAGUUAAUCAAUCUAAUUUAGCUAAAAUUGAAAGUUUUCUCCAUGACCCGAGUUAUAAGGAGAUUAUCGAAAAUUCUUCAACAUUUAAUUCACGACUAUGUGCCGAAAGAAGGAUGCGUAUGCCAUUUAUCGAUACUCAAACCGGUGUCGCACAAAGUCAUUGCAAUUUGUUUAUGACAAGAAAACAGAGGAUGCCUGGAGCAAGAGAGGGCCAGGUGUACACAUAUCCAGCACAGAGAUGGCGCAAAUCUCGCCGCCAAUAUUUAACAAUGUCGUCCACACGAUGGGGCUGGAGUGGAGCAGAUAAUUUAGCAGACCACACUGGCGAUGGAGACAACAGUUCCGGCAUCCCUGGCGAUAUUCUUGGUGGCGAAGACAGUCGUGAUGGGUCACAAACUGCCGCUAAAGAUGAUCCAAAGGAAUGGUUCUAUGAUGAACUAGCAAUAGAAGAAAUGGAAACAGGAGAGGAGCCCGAUCCGGAGUCAGAUGAGGAUUAUUAUGAUGAUACAUACGCUAACAGACGCAAGCGGCGUGGAGGAGCGACACCCACAGGACCGGGCAGCCGCGGUGGUAGGACCAGAAAGUCACAACCUGAUGACACUCCUGCUAAAAGAGGCCGUGCGGGUCGAGGCCGUAAACGCGCCGGCCAAGGUACCUUACCUUACGAAGUGCCCGGCGACGCAGAGAAACCAUUCGGCUGCGAACUGUGCGGUGCGAAGUACAAGACCCGUCCAGGGCUGACGUACCACUUCACGCACACGCACAAGGACCCGCCCCCCGGGGGAGCGCCGGCGGCCGGCAGCGACGGAGACUCCCGCGACAGCCGCGCGGGCGCGCACACGCCGCCCCACACCGCCGCGCAGCCCGGGCCUCCGCCCCCGGCCACGGAGUACCAGGACAGCUACGUCACCUUUCUCAACAACCCCGCCGGGGCUGCGACACUAGGCGCAGCAGGCGGGGCUGCGCCCCCCACGCGUCGUGCUUCGCCCCCGAGGCCGGCGCGGCCCGCGUCCGCCGACACGUCUUCAUCAGAUUCCGCGCACGCGCCGCUCGUGCCGCCCGGCACCGCUGCCGCCGCCGCUUCCGCUUCUGCUUCCGCCUCCGCAUCCGCUUCGAGCGUCACGCCCGAAGGAAAGGAGGGCGACACCAAGGCAUCGCCAUCACCGUAUUGCGACUUCUGCCUCGGCGACGACAGAGAGAACAAGAAGACGGGUACUCCUGAGGAACUAGUUAGUUGUUCAGACUGCGGGCGAUCAGGUCACCCCACGUGCCUGCAGUUCACCGCCAACAUGAUAGUAUCCGUGCGCAAGUACCGCUGGCAGUGCAUCGAGUGUAAAUGCUGCUCCGUGUGCGGGACCAGCGACAACGAUGACCAGCUGCUGUUCUGUGAUGACUGCGAUCGUGGUUAUCACAUGUACUGCCUCGCGCCGCCCCUCGAUACUCCACCGGAGGGCUCAUGGUCGUGUGCGCUAUGCAUCAAGGAGUUCCACUUGAAGGAAUGAACUGACAGAUGUUGGAUAUAGAAGCGAUAGUGAUGACUAUAUCGAGGGCUGUUUGGUACAUACGUAACUCGUAAUAACGGGUGUUUCUCGUCAUAUUAAAUAAGUUCGCUAGUAAGUGAAUAUUGUGACAGAUUGUACAUUGUUGCCAUAGAUUAUAGUGAGGCGGUCGGGUGAAGACUGACGGCUAGCGUAUAAGUUUUAUUCUAUAGACAAUAUAAAGGCCGAGUCACACAGAAUGCAGCGUUGUAUAUUUAAAUGUAUUUUCACUGCUAUGUACGACUUAAUGUAACACAGCCUAAGAUUGCAAUAAAUUAAAAAAGUAUUAAAUUUAAAAAGAGCAAUUUACAAUUCGUUUUAUAUAUAUUAUUAACCGGGUCUUA